UUCCCUAUUCCGAGCCAUGCCCUUCUUCACUUAAUCUCUUUAACUGGAUUUUCGGCCGGUACCGAUCUCAAAGUGCUUACUGAAUUCUUUCUGCAAAGUUUUCUCCCAGAACAUUGAACAAGUGUUUGAUAACAGUUUUUGGUAAAAAAAAAAAAAAAAAAAAAAAAAAAAAAUUGCACUAGAAUUGUGGAGCCUGCCCUUCGGUUUCAACAUCAAUGUGUCUUCUUACAGAAUUGAUGUUAACAGCUUUUUUCUGAGCUUCAGUCCCAGGCUGCCACCUUUGUCUUGUGCCAAGAAGCCAGUGCAGCCACCCACCCUUGGCGUUUGUCUUCAUGCAGUAGUAGGUAUCCAGGGGGAGAGGGGAGACAAAAUUCUUUCUGCUGGUGGGCCUUGUUUGCUUAUCCUCUGGGUUAAGGGAAAAAGAAAAAAAAAGAAAAAAAAAGAGAGAAAAAAAAAAAAAAGUUGCCUCGAACUGUACUGAAACAUUGUGUUAAACACACUAGAACUUUGCCGAGCAGUGUAAUGAGCCAGGCCUGCCUGUGAUGUUGUGUAAUUCAGCUGAAGUCUGUAACCCUCACUUGGUAUAAUGAGCAAUUUCUUCCUUGGGGGAAAAUUAUGUCAUGGUGAAACUGUUCUUCAAAAUAACCUAAACAACUCAAACAUGAACUAGAUGACCUCUUGAGGCCCCUUCCUGCCAGAAUUUUUCUGUGUUUCUGUGCUGCUGCUGUUUGUUUGUACAGUGUUUUGCAGGAUGGAAUCCUGGUUUUGAAGUUUUCUCAGCUUUGUGCAGGGCAGUGAUGCAGCCUGCCAAGCUGGGGAGGUGGAGGUGGGGUGAGACACAGGACCCAGGGGUGUGUUACAGCAUGCACAGGGUGUGUUGCUGUCAGACUGGAGUGCUGGAGCUCCACUCCCCCCCCUCCUCUCUGUAGCACCCCCAAAUCUACCCGAGCUCUACUAUCAUACUACAGAUUACAUGAAAAUAGGCACUGAUAAACUGCAGAGGAUGUUUUUAAUUAUAUCUAGUGACUUUUUACAAAUAUGACAAACACGCCUGUGCAGUAUCUCUUUUAUAUUCUUUAAUAUUUUUUUACUCAAAUUGUGUAACUGUGUUAACUGCUACUACUAUUUCUUCUCCACAGGCAGAGAAGCUGAGGCACUAAUACCUUGAGACCUUCAGUUUUAUGCUUUCUUGACUUGCUAAACAGUAGCCCAAUUCUUCAGGACUUCCAGCAGUGUGAAAUGUAAUCAGAGUGUUGGUGCAUUUUGGUACUGGGAUGAUGACUACUGCAGAAGUUGUCAAGAAGAAGCAAAAUUACACUAGUGUGCAUGAAGCAGUGAAAGCUGGCGAUGUAGAACAGCUUGCAUCGAUGAUAAAAAGUGGAGCCAGUAUUAAUGAGGUGGAUGUAGUUCACAAAUUCACACCCUUGCAGUGUGCUGCCCACUCGGGAAGUCUGGAGUGCCUUCAGUGGCUGCUCUGGCAUGGAGCUGACACCGCACGCGUGACUGUGAGAGGCUGGACAGCGGCUCACCUGGCGGCCAUCCGAGGGCAGGAUGCCUGCAUGCAGGCCCUGUUACUGAGCGGAGCGGACGCAGCAGCUCGGGACGAGCGCGGGUGCACGGCCUCGCACCUGGCUGCAGCCCACGGGCACUCGUACACGCUGCACACCCUGCUGCGCACGGGCGCGGAUGUAAAUGUUUCAGACAGGAAUGACUGGAAACCUGUUCAUUAUGCUGCUUUUCACGGUCGCUUGGGAUGUUUGCAGCUUCUUGUUCGAUGGGGAGCGUGUGUAGAUGAUGUGGAUAACAAUGGAAACCUUCCAGCACAUCUGGCAGCAGUGGAAGGACACUUGCAUUGCUUUAAGUUCUUGGUCAGGAAAAUGGCCAGCGUUACGCACGCUCUGAAAGCCAGGAAUGACCAUGGAGAGACUCCAAGGGACUUGGCUGAACGGUUCUACAAAGAUAAUAUUCUGCAAUAUAUUGAUGGUGUGGAAAAAGAGGAGGAACAUCCAGAGACACAGGAAGUUUUAGCUUUCCCAGGUCAUGAUGCUGCUUUCAAUGGGGACUUACUAGUGGUUAGAAGACUAGUGAGAAGUGGAGUAAUCAACAUUAAUGAGCGGGAUGAUAAGGGAUCCACUCUCCUGCACAAAGCUGCUGAACAGGGGCAUGUCCAUUGCUUACAGUGGUUGGUUGAAAAGGGAGCUGACUGUGACAUUACAAAUGAUGCUGGAGAGACUCCAAAGGAUGUAGCCAAGAGAUUUGGCCACCUGGCAGCUGUGGAACUUCUGACACCAAGAACCGGAAACAGCAACUCUAGUGAUGAAGAACUAGAUGCAAACAACAUCAAGUUUUUUGAAACACAUGGUGUAGAAGGGAGUACAGAUAGCAAAGAAGAUUUAACCCUGGAUAAAGCAGAGAAAAUGAAUGCACGCAUAAGGGCCUAUCACAAGAUUAAAGAACUUCAGAGACUUCUAGAAAUUGCCUACAACAACUACAGACAGCUGGGGGGAGUAACUGAAGAGGAGAGGAAGAUGAGACAAGAAGAAAGGAAAGUUGAGAAGGCUGUGAGGGAGCUGGAGGCCCAGCUGGAAUAUGAGCGAAUCAGGCGGGAGAAGCUGGAGAGCCAGCUGGAUGAUUACCGUGCUGAGAUAAACCAGCUCCGAGAGGGCCGGGGGAAAACUCGCACCGCCUCUGCUGCCUCCGAGGAAGCUGAGACAAUGACCAAGUCUCGCAAAGACGAAGAUAAAGAAGCAGUCAGCCUGCAGCCCAGGAGGCGUGCAUCUACACUGAGGAACGAACCUCAAAGGAGGGGCAGCAGACUGGAGAGGAAAUUGGCUGCAAACAGAUGGAAGAAUUAACAACUCUAGAGAAGAGCCUCCUAAAGCUCCCAGAUUGCUGCAGGUGCGACAGAACAAUUCCAGAAGCCAAUGGUUGGUCUCAGAUGCCGUGCCCUGCUCAGCAGCACAGCCUCAGUGCUGAGAUGGGAGGCCCAGUGCAGCAGCCUGAGGAGCCAUGUUUUCAGGGACACAUCCCAACAACUAAGCUGGAUACCUCAGAGCACCACAGGCUACAGGGGCUUGUACUGUUGCCACCCAGCUACUGGAAACUGCGCUACAGGAGACCAGGGCUCACAUCAGAUAUCCCAGAUUUGCCAUGGAAUCAAAAUGACAAUGAAUUUGAAAAUGAGCUCUCAAACACGGCAGCAGUCCUCAAGCCUGACGAGUUGUCUUUUGGACUUGUUAUGCUGCUGUUUCAAUUAGUGUUACAAUAAAGCUAAUUACAUUUUUCUUUGAACUUAUUCUCACUUCCAGAUAUAAUGCAUUACUCUUUUUAUCCAGCUCCUACACAACAAAAACUUCACUGGUUAUGUACAUAUUGAGAAGACUAAUCUCAAACUGUGUUUUUGAACAAGCAGAAAUUUGUUCUGCUUGGCAGUGGAAAGUACAAGUCCUGCCUCACAGAAACUCUGUGUUUGUGGAGACUCAAUGGGAGGCAGAACUGGUCACUCUCAGACCAGUCCUGAAUGACAACAAACCUUCAGGGUAACGUAAAUGACCUCAGCAAAACUUCUGUAGCAACUCCAUCACAUCAAUGGCUGCUGCAGCAAGCAGAGGUACUGUCAAACUGGGUAAGGCAUUUAGGCUUUUAAUUUUUUUUAAACCAUGUCCAUAUUCAUCCUAAUCCCAGUUCUGGGCACAAUCCUAGUCCCAUGGUGGCAUGCUCCCAGCUCUUCUGUGUUCUCUGUCACAUUUCUUCCAGCUGGAGGGGGAAAGGGAGAGGAUCUCCACCCAAUCCCAGUAGCCUGCUGCUACAGCUGACCUCAUUUACCAUAUACUUCUGAACAGAAUUUUAUACAGCCACAAUCCAGUACCAGUACUCACCUCCUUGCCUG